ACAAAGAUGGAUGGAGACAGACACAUACCUUCAAAGACAAAGACGAAGAUAACUUUUCUGCGUCUGUCUCCUUUCCAAGGAUCACGUGAUAGUGUCUCUUUCCACAAGUAAAAUGUGCACCGUAAACAACAAUUUUCACUUGCUUCAAACAAUCUGGCUACUAUCUCGUUCCUCCCCCACUGGCCAAUGGUUUCUACCACUCAUUUCAGAAUUUUCCGUUCACGCAACAGUACUGCUCCUCUGUAUCGCCUCAAUCCCCUUUAAACCUCCAUGCCAUCCUGACCUUUGCCUCCCUCUCUCUGUAAUUCUACCCACCACCAACAAUGGACGCCAUCUCCUCUUCCUUCCAUGCUCCAUUUCCCCGACUGAACCUCAGUUCUCCUCCCCCUAAAGCCACUUCCUUAGCCAUCACCUUCCCCACCAUUACCAACAUCAGAUUAGAAAGGAGACCUGAUCAAACUCAACUCACAACUCACUCCCCAACAACCACUACCACUACCACAGCGUUAACAGUAGCAACUCCAUCUCCCCCUCCUCAUUCUACAGAGCUAAUUAAUGGCAAACGAGAAGGAUCGCCACCUCCACCAUUGGAGAAAGCUGCUCGCACUGUUAGACAACCUUACAAACUGAUAACAUCACCAUUACCUCUCCACGUAAUGCUCUGCAAUGCUCUAGAUGACUUGAUAAGCAACUUUGUCAACCGACAUCCCUUGCCGUCGUCCGUCAACCCCAAGGAUGUCUUGGCUGGCAACUAUGCCCCCGUCGGCGAGUUGCCCCCCACUAAAUGCACCGUCGAAGGUCGGCUCCCUAGAUGUCUCGAUGGCGCGUACAUCCGCAAUGGACCCAAUCCGCAGUUCGCCCCCAGCGCCGCCUAUCAUCUGUUCGAUGGGGACGGGAUGUUGCAUGCCAUGAAGAUCUCAGGCGGGCAGGCCACAUUCUGCAGCCGCUUCGUCCGGACAUACAAGUUCACCAAGGAAGAGGAGGUGGGGUUGCCUAUCUACCCUAACUUCUUUGCAUUAAACGGCGCCGCAGGGUUUGCUAGGGGCAUCGUGUUUGCGGUGAGGGUGCUUACCGGCCAGAUCAACCCUAUGAACGGCAUGGGGCUUGCCAACACAGGCCUCUCAUUCAUGAACAACACACUCAUGGCAUUAGCGGAGUCGGAUCUUCCCUACACGGUGCAGCUCAUGCCGGACGGCGACAUCGUUACGGUUGGCCGGUGGGACUUCGCCGGGAAGCUCACUAUGGGCAUGACUUCUCAUCCAAAGGUGGACCCUGUCACAGGCGAGGUCUUCGCCUUUCGGUACGGCCCCAUCCCUCCGUUUCUCAACUACUUCAGAAUAGGGGGCGAUGGCACGAAGCAACCGGACAUCCCCAUUUUCUCCUUCCGGCAACCUUCCUUCGUGCACGACUUGGCCAUCACUGAGCGGUACGCCAUCUUUCCCGACAUACAGAUAGUCAUGAAACCACUGGCAAUGUUCACAGCAAUGGGGCCACCGAUGGGAUGCGAGGCCCAGAAAGUCCCACGCGUGGGGAUAAUCCCACGCUACGCCACCGAUGAGUCGGAAAUGAAGUGGAUUGAGGUGCCUGGAUUCAACUUCGUGCACUCAGUGAACGCGUGGCAUGAGAAAGGAGGGGAGGAGGUGGUGCUGGUGGCGGCGAACGUUGUGCCGGUGGAGCACAUGCUGGAGAGGAUGGAUCUCCUACACUGCUGCUUGGAGAUGGUGAGGAUCAACCUGCGGGAAGGGAAGGUGGUGGGGAGGAGGGCACUCUCUAGGAGGAAUCUGGAGUGGGGGGUCAUCAACCCCAACUUCCUAGGGAGGAAAAACCGCUACGCGUUCAUGGCGAUCCGAGAUCCGAUGAGCAAGGUCUCCGGUAUCGUGAAACUGGACUUCGAUCGAGCAAGUGGGGAAGAUUGCGUGGUAGCGACCAGGAAUUUUGGAGAGAGAUGCUUUGCUGGGGAGCCAUUUUUUGUGGGGAAGGAGGAAGGUGGCGAUGAAGACGAUGGUUAUGUGUUAAUUUACACACACAACGAGGGCAGCGGGGCGUCGAGCUUCGUGGUGAUGGAUGCCAAGUCUCCCACUCUUGACAUCAUGGCAUCUGUAAGACUCCCUCAGAGGGUGCCUUACGGCUUCCAUGGCCUCUUUGUCUGUCAAAAAGAUUUGCAGAAGCAGAAGAUUUGGCAAUGAUCAUAUAAGAAUUGGAAGUGGCAUUAUUUGCAUAAAUGGAAAUGUUAGUUUAUGUGGUUA